AUGACGGUGCAACCCAAGUACUUUGAGCUGAAUUUGGAACCGCCAUUUGUGGAGUAUGGGCUUGACGGCGGCAAAAUGAAGAUUUUCGAACGUGGCCAGAAUCCCCAGCUUGCGUCGAAUCAUUAUAUCAUGUAUGGCCGUGCUGAAGCUGAGGUAAAGGCCUCGCAUGGCAAGUCGGUCAUUUCGUCCAUGUACAUGCAAAGCGACGAUUUGGACGAGAUCGAUAUUGGAGAGUUCUUUGGCGGUGAGACCGACAAGUUCCAGACGAACUACUUCAUCAAAGGCAACAUCUCGAACUACGAUAGAGACCGCUACCACAAGGCACAUGCUGAUGUCACAGCCGACUACCACAAAUACGCUGUGGAGUGGACCCCAGAAAGCAUCAUGUGGUUUUUCGAUGGUCGGCUCAUCAGAAGGGUGCUUAGUGCCGGAAAUGACCACGGCUUUCCGGCUUCUCCCAUGCGCUUGAUGUUCAGUUUAUGGAUUGGCGGUGAUCCAGAAAAUCACCCAGGCACAAUUGAGUGGGCAGGCGGUGAAGCCGAUUUCGAAGGUCUUCCGUAUGUUAUGGGGAUCCGCAACAUUCGUCUUGUGGAUUACUCCAAUGGCCAACAGUAUGUGUAUGGACGAGGCCAGGAGGUAGAUGCUACUAGUGGGGAGAUUUUUGGUCGCCGGAAAAGAGACGGAGACGGAGAGGUUGACGAUGAUCGGAAGAAGGCCGAAGUGCCCAUGGGCACUAUUCCAGAGGAUGGCACUAAAGUGCUGUCUGACCCUGAUAAGGUGGAAUCUACAGGCCGGAGCGAGUACGAUAUCGAGUACGAGUUUGACCAGGGCAUUGAAAGUGGAAGUUCGGCAUUGGUCGUUCUGAUGGUUCUAUUCCUCUGGAUGGCCGUAGUUCUUCUAGCGUUCUAUUUCUAG